AUGCCACGCAGAGUGCAGGACCAACAUCCUGACGAGGACUUUAUGCAGACAACACGCUGCCCUGUAACGUCAUGUAUACAACCGAAGCUGUCGGGGUUACAGGAGGCUUUGGUCCAAUGGCAACCAGCCUCUGCCUGGGGCCACGGGGCACGCCUCAAAUCGAGACCGUGCUUCGGCUGGACGCCAAUUGAACCAGUAUGUCCGCCGUGGAGAUGCUGGACUCCGUGCCUGAACACCUCUUACUGGAGUAGCAUGGCGUUACAUUGGAAACAAAACGAGCGGCAAUCGGCUAAAGCCAGUGAGAUUCCGGACUAA